UCUCCCUUCCCCCUCACCGCGAACGGAGGUUUUCCUUCUCCCACUCAAUCGUCUUCUCCAGGAGAUUUUUUUUUUUUUUUUUUUUCGUACUGUUGCUGCGUCUGCUGCCGCCGCCGCUACUGGGCCCGUCUGCCCCGACCCCGUCCCGCCGCCCUACCCCUAGUCCCACACAAGAUGUCAGAGGAUCUAGCAAAACAGCUGGCAAGCUACAAAGCUCAACUCCAGCAAGUAGAAGCUGCAUUAUCUGGAAACGGAGAAAAUGAAGAUUUGCUAAAAUUGAAGAAAGAUUUACAAGAAGUUAUAGAACUAACCAAAGAUCUUCUGUCAACUCAACCUUCAGAAACUCUUACAAGUUCAGACAGUUUUGCUUCUAGUCAGCCCACUCAUUCAUGGAAAGUAGGAGACAAGUGUAUGGCAAUCUGGAGUGAAGAUGGACAGUGUUAUGAAGCGGAGAUUGAGGAGAUAGACGAAGAGAAUGGCACCGCUGCAAUCACCUUUGCUGGCUAUGGCAAUGCUGAAGUGACUCCACUGUUGAACCUCAAGCCUGUAGAAGAAGGAAGGAAGGCAAAGGAGGACAGUGGCAGCAAACCCAUGUCAAAAAAAGAAAUGAUUGCCCAACAGCGUGAAUAUAAAAAGAAGAAAGCUUUGAAAAAGGCACAAAGAAUAAAAGAGCUUGAGCAGGAAAGAGAAGAUCAGAAGGUGAAGUGGCAGCAAUUCAACAACAGAGCCUACUCUAAAAAUAAAAAGGGCCAGGUAAAGAGGAGUAUUUUUGCUUCACCUGAGAGUGUAACUGGCAAAGUUGGAGUAGGAACUUGUGGAAUUGCGGAUAAGCCUAUGACACAGUAUCAAGAUACUUCAAAAUACAAUGUCAGGCAUUUGAUGCCUCAAUAAUUGGAAAAACUGUUGGAUUUCAUCUCUGCAGGGCUUUACAUUUACCUUUUUAUCCUUAUAUUUUUCUAAAGGUAAAUUAUUUGCUAAGUGAGUAAGGAAGAUACCAUUGUUGUCAUUGUUUGACUUCAAUAGAAUGAAACUUGAAGAAAUUGCAUUUGAGAAACUUAUUCAUUUAACUUUUCAUUACAACUACUAUAGUUCCCUCAGAGUUUACUGAAUAAGGUAACUUUUCUAGAUAGAGGCUGCUUCAUUUGGCACUUAGGUGAAUUGUUGAUACUAAUACCAAGCCCUCACUUACAGUCAUAACUUGGAAUUUGACACACAAUUACUCAUUGGAACAUGAAGGCAAAACACCAACCACCAGUUAGAGAUCUUUUUUGGUUUGUUUUCAACUUUAAAACCUAGCUACUGUCAAGGUAAACCUAAAGGUAGGUUACUUUUAUAAUGGCAAAGUUUGUUUUGAAGUAUUUCUUUCCUUGUUUCCUAAGCCAAUUAGGCCAUCUCUAAAAUUGGUCUAGUUUUUUUUUUUUUUUUAAUUCAGUUUUAUGUAGAAAAAUGUGUAGGAUGAGCUACCUUUUUAAGAUGUUUCUGUUCGGUGUUUUGUGGAUUUGUUUUUUGUAUGUUUGCUUUUUCCUUUAAUUUUUCACGUAAGGUAGUGGUACUGUUUUUUUGGACAUGUAAUGUUUAUAUCAAAAAACAAAAAGCUGAUGUAUAGCCCUGUAUACAAUGUAGAUACUAUUUUUGUAAAAAACCAAGGCUAAAUUAAUGAACAAGAGUACUGAAUGUUUCGUUAAAAAUUUCUUGUAUUUCUUGUGCAUUAAUCUGACCAUAAUUUCCCUGUAUAUUAUGUUCAUGUAGCUGAGUUUAUAAUUUUAAUUAACUAGAUCAAAUUGCCAGCAUUUGUUGGUGUGAACAUCAGUUGUUAUCUGCAGUUGAGUUUAAGCCAAAUACAUGCAUAGAAAAGGGUCUUCCUAUUAAUGGAAGAUGAUUUUUAGGAUGUGUGUUAAUUUCAGUUUUGUAUGUUUACCUUUUAUUAAAUAAAGUGUUUUUAAAAUCUCCA